UCAUGUCACAAGCAUGUCAUCGCUGAUCAAAAAUCUAAAUUGAAAUAAAAAUUUCACAGUGAAUAUAUCAAAUUCAUGAAUCGGUAUGUUGUCUACAUUCAGAGAACUCAGGAAUGAAAGAAUCCAAGAUGCAGAUAUGUUUUACAGCAUUGGUGUCUUAGUCGAUCCUCUCUGUGCGUAUUUAGCACAAGGUAAAUUACUAGAUUGGAACUUGGAUAGCACCUCCAACUUCACACUUAAGUGUUCAUCGAAGGAACAUUUCGCCAAUUUAGGAAUUACUCCCGCCAAACUUGAAAAUGUCCCGAAACCUCAGCGACUAUGACUAUAAAGAGAAGCUAACAUUUUUAGCGGAUUAUUUCGACCAUGAUGCGUACUUGAAGAAGAAAUUCAUCCUGAGCUUUUUUCCUUGUGAUGACACCAUUGAAAUUUUCGAUAGAGAUCUCAAUAGAGUUUUUCUCAAAAGGUCUCUAUGUGAGGGUAUUGGACGAAAAGACAUGUUCGUCGGAAAUGUGGUGAGAAUAUACGGUCGUCAAAUAUCAAUAUCGGACUAUGGGGACUGUCGCACCAAAGAAAUCAUUGGAAAAACUAAACAACGUACAUUUGUUCUCAUUAAACCUUCUGCAAUGGAAAAACUGGGAGAUGUUAUUGCAGAUAUCGAGAGUCGCGAUUUUCAGAUUUCACGCUUACGUAUGUGUAACCUCACAAGAAAGCAAACAUUAGAAUUAUACGAACAAAAGAAGGGUGAUGCUUUCCUUCCCUUCAUUUUGGAGCAUAUAGUCUCUGGUUCUGUUUUGGCCUUGGAACUAGUCGGAACCGAUGCUAUUGAGAGAUUCAAGAAAGAAGCCGGACCAAAUGAUCCUAUCGAGGCCAGAAAAUCAGAACCAAACAGUUUGAGGGCGAAGUAUGGUCAACAGGCUGCCUCCAACGGAUUCCAUUGCGCGAAUGAUCUCCAAGAGGCAGUGAGGGAAGCUUGCUUCUUCUUCCCAGAAGGUAUCGAUAAAAAACCACCAGAAACCACAGUCGUCCUGAAAAAUUCUACCUGUUGCAUUGUUAAACCACAUGCAAUUCAGGAGGGAAAGCUAGGGUACAUCCUUAAAGAAAUUUAUGCAGGGAACUUCAGAAUAACUGCUAUGCAAAUGUUUUAUCUGAGCAACGCCAACGCAGAAGAAUUCUUGGAGGUUUAUAAGGGAGUGGUUAGCGAUUUCCAUGCACUUCUAUUGAGUUUUCUCGAUGGUCCCUUAGUUGCAAUGGAAAUUAGCGGGAAGAAUGAAGAAAUGAACGUACACAAAGAAUUUAGGGACUUUGCUGGACCAUCGGAUCCGGAUAUUGCAAGGCAAAUUAGACCUUACACUCUCAGAGCAAAAUUCGGCAACGACAAAUAUAAGAAUGCAAUUCAUUGCACGGACUUGCCUGAGGAUACAAUUCUUGAACUCGAAUACUUCUUCAAAAUAUUGAAUGAUUAACAAACGCCCAAUUUUGAAUAUCAAUUUGUUUAAUUUUGUAUUUUAAUUUUUGCACGUUUUUUUUAUGAAAUAAAUUUUCACACACUUA